AUGAUACGAGGAUUUCUUGUUCGUUUAAAAGAAUGGAUAUUAAAAUUAAAUCUUUUUAAAAAAUCUUCAAGUAAUGAACAAACUCUUAUCAAAGAAUUAUUAACUACACGUAUUUUUCUUAUUUUCUUUCUUUGUUUAUUAAUUCUUAUUGGUAUUAUUUCAUCAUUAAUUGUUUAUACAGUGAAUAAAACGGAAAAUUCACCAGAUGUAACAAAAUUUCAAUAUCUUUUAAACAAAUAUUCUAAAACAUUAAAUUGUCCUUGUUCAAAAGUUGGAGUUACAUAUUCAACAUUUGUUACAAUUGAUGUUGAAUUUCAUCAAGUAUGUUCCAGUGAAUUUAUUACAAAAUCAUGGAUUGAAUUUGUUUUUGCUCAAAACAAUUCUGAAAAUACUGAUCAAAUAUUAAGUUUUUUCUGGCAAAUAAUUGCAGAUUUUUGUACAAUUAGUAAAGAAUCAUUAAAAGCAGCAAUAAUUAAUUUUAAUUCAUCAUUUAUAGUUACUCCCAUAGUUGUUUCAAAGGAUAUUAUUGAAAGUCAAGUAUAUUCAGAUCUAAAUGUUUACAUUCAAUCAAUUCGAACAAAACUUAUUCAAAAUUUAUUAGUAAUUCAACGAACCAUCGGUGGUAAUCAAUAUGUUUCAGGUUUAACCAAAAAUUUUAAUUUCAUUUCUUCGAAUGAAAAUAAUUCUAUUCGAAUGUCAUCAAAAGAAUUAAAUAAUUGUUCAUGUAUGAAAAUGCUUGGUUGUCCUUAUCCUUUAAUGAUAAAUGAAACAAUCAUUCCAGGAAUAAUUCUCGAUUGUUAUUUAGUUGAUGGAACAUUAGUAUCAACUUUAGAAUGUUAUUAUAAUCAAACAUGUUUUUCUCUUUUACAUCCAUUUAUAUCAUCCAUGAAAUUACUUUUAAAUAAUAAAAAUAAACAAUUUUUAUUUAAUUCAACUGUUCAAUUACUUUUACAAAAACUAAUGAUUGAUAAUUUAAUAAUUAAUAUGGAUUUUAAUUUAUUUUAUAAUCAAUGUAAACCAUUAUUUUGUUCAUAUUCAUAUUCUCAUCGUUUUGAUCUUAUAUUUAUUAUUACAACAUUGAUUAGUAGUUUUGGUAUAUUAUCAUUUAUUUUACCAUUUAUUUCAGAAUUAAUAGUGAUGAUUAUUUUACGUUUUAAAGGAAAUAACAGAAUAAAAAGAAAAAGUAAUAUUAAAAUGAAAGAAAUAAUUAUUAAUUUACGUCGAUCUAUAUAUGAAAAAGUAAUUAAUAUAAACUUAUUUGAAAAUGAACGAAUAACAGAUGAAAAAUAUCUAUACGAACAACGUUUUACAACUCGAAUAUUUCUUUUAUUUUUUCUUAUUUGUUUUAUUAUAAUUAGUAUUGUAAUAAUUAUAUCAAAAGAAGAACAAAUAAUAAGAAUUUUUCAACCAACAGAAAAAGAAUAUGAAAUCUUAAAUGAAAAAUUCAAUUCAACACUUAUUUGUUCAUGUUCACAAAUCUCUAUUCCAUAUGGAAUAUUUCUUAAUGUUAAUUUUGUUCUUCAUCAAAUUUGUUCAAGUAAACUUAUUUCAACGGAAUGGAUUAAUUAUUUAUCAUUACUUAAUCCAAUAAAUAUAUCUGAAUGGAUUAUUAAACCUUUAGUAAAAGAUUUUCGCAUUUUUGCUUCUUCUUAUUUUAAAUUUAUUCAAAUAUUCUGUAAAUUAACAAAUCUUACCAUUGAAAAUAGUCAACAAACUUUUCUGACAACUGAAUUUAUCAAUAAUAAUCUUCUUUCUUCAGAUAUAUUCUAUAAAAAAACAAUCAAUCUCAUGAAUAUAUUUAUUCGUACUACUCAAAAUAGUUUUAUUGAAAUUUAUCAAUGGAUUAAAGUAAUUAAUACAAUUAAUCUCUUUAUAACAGGUACCAAAUCAAAUUUUGAUGGUUAUAUAAAAAAUAAUCAAAUCAUAUUAAGAGAUCAAUCUUUAAGUGAGGCUGUGGUUGUUCAAAAUAAUAGAAUAAGAGGAGCGGGUGUGUGUUCAUGCUCAACAAUGAGAAAUAGUUGUCCAAUUGGACUCAUUCUCUUUAAAAAUCAAUCAAAUACUAUCGAUGAUGCAUAUUAUUUCAAAGAAAUUCCAUAUGGUUGUUUACCUUGGAAUGGUUUUAUAGGUUCAACAAUUAAUUGGUGGUAUAAUCAAAGUUAUAUUAAUGAUAUUCAAAAUACUUAUGCAACAAUUAUUCCAAAUUUAUUUUCAUCAAUUGUAACAUCACUUGAUCAAUCAAUCAAUUCAUCAUUUCAUGGAAAUAAUAUGGAAUAUUUAAUAACAAAUAUGUUUAUUGAAACAAUUGUGACAAUGAAUGGAAAUUUUAGUAUUUUUUACAAUCAAUGUGCACCACAAUCUUGUUCGUAUAAAAUUCUUCAACGACGACAAAUUUCUAUUCUUGUUCUUCUUUUAAUAUCUAUUAGUCAAGGACUUAAUAGAAUUCUUUAUUUAUUAAUACCUUUAUUAAGUCAAUUGAUUUUAUUUUAUUCCCGUAAGUUUAUAAGUUUUAAUCGAACAAUAAUACAAAUUACAAUUUCUCAACGAUUUAAACAUUUAUUGAAAUGUAUUCAAUAUUUUAAUUUAUUUCAAUCUGAUAAGAAAGAUUCAAUUAGUUUACAAUUACAAUUAAUCUAUACACGUGUUUAUAUCAUUCUUUUUAUUAUUUCAUUAGCAAUUUUAGUUUUCUACAAAUCAAUUAUCGAACGUACUCGUACAAUAAUAACAAUCAAUCCAAAUAUAACAGAUUAUGAACAACUUUUAGAACUUUAUUUAGAUAAUGUUAAUUGUCCAUGUACACAAAUAGCUAUACCUUAUGAAAAAAUUGUCACUAAACUUAAUGUAACGUCAUUCCAUCAAGUAUGUACAAGUUCAUUACUGGGAAAUAUGAUACAAAUAGGUCGACUUCCAGGAAGUAAAACUGAUCCUAAUGGAUUGAAAUUUGAUUCUUGGAGAUAUUCAUUUUUAUAUGGUCUCAAUACUCUUUGCGAUUUAUCGAAGAAUUAUAUCGAGAAUAAUAUUGAAAUAUUUCUUUCAUCAACAAUGUUGACUUAUCAGAUAAUACCUCGAAAUAUUUUUAAUCAACAAAUUAAUAUAACUAUAAAUCAUUUUCAAAAUGAAUUACCAAUUAGAUUUAAUCAAACAUUUGAACUUAUUCGGGCAAUUAAUCAUAAUAAUGCUUUGAUUUCAAUUUUUCCUUCAAAUUGGAAUAUUUUUCUUGCAAAUGAUAAUAUUUCAUUUGUUAUUAAUCCUGUUAUAUAUAAUUUAACAAAUACAAAUACAACAUGUUCAUGUGCAACUGAACGAUCCUGCUCAAUGCCAGUUAUUAUCUAUGAUUUGAAAAGUCAAGUAUAUGUUAACUCGCCUGAAGGUGUUGUGUAUGAUUGUACAAUAGUUGAAGCAAUUCUUCAUUCAUCAUUAUUUUGUUUUUAUUCAAAAACAUGUGUUCUUCAAUACAGAAAAUUAUCAAGCAUACCACCUCUUGAAGACCAAUGGUUUGAUCAAAUUACUUCAAACAUUUUCAAUUUAUCAUUCACUCGUUUUGCAAUAAAUGAUACAAUUGAAACAAUGGUCUCUUCUAUGUUUAUUGAAUUAUGGUCAAGUAAUAGAUGCUAUG